GCGGAAAUAGUCACUCACCCCCAAGACUGCUUUACAUUUUAGCUUUGAGUUCAAGAACACCGACAAGAUUUAAAGCCAAGCGGUCGAAACAGGAAUAUAUAUAUAAAUACAUUUCAGACUAAAGGAAAUAAUGAUCUGGACCGUGCUUUUAAUUUUGCCAUUACCUUUAAUUCUCAUUUUAAUCUUCAGAGGUAGAACGAGAUUAGUGAAGGAGCCACCUUUAGAUAAAGGCUGUAUACCAUGGCUUGGGCAUGCCUUAGAGUUUGGAAAAGAUGCUGCUAAAUUUUUAAGUCGGAUGAAGAGCAAACAUGGAGACAUCUUCACGGUGCGUGUGGCUGGACGAUAUGUUACUGUCCUCCUUGAUCCCAAAUCCUACGAUGCGGUUGUUAGGGAGUCCAGUUCCAAAUUCAACUUCAGUAAAUACGCUUGUCUGCUAAUGGAGAGAAUAUUCAAUCUGACGCUACCCGACUAUGAGCCCAACACAGAGAAGGCUAUGAUGAAGCUACACUUCCAGGGUAAGCCCCUGCACAGUCUGAGCACAAUGAUGCAGUCAAACCUCGACACUGUGCUACUGCCAGAGAGCAACGACCUGAGGAGGACGUGGAGGCAAGACGGGCUCUUUAACUUCUGCUACAGCGCUCUGUUCAGAGCUGGAUACCUCACUCUGUACGGCAAUGAAUCAGAGCAGGGUGGCGACCAGGCAGAGAAAUCCAGAGACAGGAGCCAGUCUGCAGACAUCUACCGAGAGUUCAGGAAGUUCGACAAGCUCCUCAUGAAAAUUGCACGAACCACCUUGACAUCUGCGGAGAAGAAGGAAGCCCAGGGUGUAAAGGAGAUCCUCUGGGAGCUGCUGUCCACAAUGAAACUCGUCAGCAAGCUGAACAGGAGCUCCUGGCUGGAGAGUUACCGGCGCCACCUGGUGGAGAAAGGACUCGAUGAGGAAAUGCAGAGCCGAGCCAUGCUGUUGCAGCUUUGGGCAACACAGGGGAAUGCUGGCCCUGCUGCGUUCUGGUUGCUUAUGUUCCUGUUGAAGAACCCUGAAGCCAUGUCAGCCUUGAAGAAUGAGUUUAAUAAAAUCCUGCAGCGGUCAAAAGAGCAGGGACAGCAUCUGCAUCCUCCACUGCACAGCGUUACCCAAGAAAUGCUGGCUAACACUCCAGUUUUCGACAGCAUGUUGUGCGAGACCCUGCGGUUGACGGCAGCCCCUUUUAUAACCAGAGAAGUCCUUCAGGACAUGCCGCUGCGCCUUGCUGAUGGCAGGCAAUAUAACAUAAGGAAGGGGGACCGCAUCUGCCUCUUCCCCUAUCUGAGCCCCCAGAUGGACCCCGAAAUCCACCAAGAGCCCCAGAAAUUUAAAUACGAUAGAUUUCUCAACCCCGAUGGAACGGAGAAGAAAGACUUCUAUAAAGAUGGGUCAAAGCUGAAGUACUACAACAUGCCGUGGGGAGCAGGCAGUCACAUGUGCGUGGGAAGGUUCUUCGCAAUCAAUAGCAUCAAACAGUUCCUGUUCAUGGUCCUCACCUCCUUCGAGUUGGAGUUGUGUGAUCCAGAAGCUGCAAUCCCUGACAUUGAUGUGAGCCGCUAUGGAUUCGGAAUGCUUCAGCCAAAGGGAGACGUUGAGAUUCAGUACAGACUGAGAGACUUCGGAGACAGUACUGCCUAGAGACAGUCCAGAGAGCGUCCUGCAUGUUUUCUAUAUGUUGGUGCUGUGCAUGGGACCCUAGUCAUACCUGAUUUAGUUUCUAACAGGUCCUCCAUCACAAUGUAUUAAAGCAUAGUGAUUAUUAAUAACUUGUGUAAGACAUUAUAAAGUAAGUCAUGGACCUGUAAUCGUAUUUUAAAAAUAGUCUUUCUUUUACACUUGUGGGUCUGCUCUCAGGACUUGGACGCUAACAUUGAGUAUCAUUGCCAGGCUAGAGUCUUAAUAAAGAUAUAUGUGCACCCACAAGCCAGUAGAAAAUCUAUUGUACCAUGUCGGGCGUCCUGUUUUGUGUAGAUGUAUUUUAACAAUGUAACUUGCUUGAUCAAAACAGGACACACUGCAUUUUAAGCAUACAAUUGAAGGUAACACAUAUUUUUUAGAACAGCCUUUGGAAAGCAGACCCUAAGACUUCUUGAAUGUGGUAUUUGUAAAGUAUUUUCAGAUUUUAUAUUUUAAUAAUUUAUUUUUUUAUACCCUAAUGUUUGUCAUACCUGUUUUGUACAUAUCUGUUACCCUUUUAGUACUGUUGAUUUGUAAAGCACACUAAAUACAUGAAUGUAAAAAUGAUUAAACCUGCACUCCAGGAGAUGUGGUCUCUAACUCAUAGAAUCCAAUUAGAUUUAGUCGCUUCUCUUUUUUUAAAUGUUCCCUCUGUGUUUCUAUCUAUUUAUAACAUGUUAUUUUUCAAUCCAAUCUCUGCAAACUCUUUUAUGUCUGAUAUGAAUGGGGGGAAAUGUUGAGAGCACUGUGGCUAAGGUUUUUUUUUUUAUUUUGUUUUCUGGAUGUUAAGAUGAGGGAACGCACAGCCACUUUGUUCGCUGGAACUUGGUUUCAGGAGACUGCAUGGCACACCUGGAAAGUGUUUGAUACAGCAAAGUUGCCUCAAACUAGGUCUCCCAGUCUCGUGGCUUUGUGCUCCCUCAGCUUGAGAGAAAGCACUCGUGGCAACAUAUAGAUUCCAAGGGGAAAUCAGAAAUCUGUAGUAGCUGAGAUGAUAGCAUGUAUUGCAGUUUGAGAAACAGCACUGCAGACUGAUUGCUUACACAUAUGUACAUAACUAUUACAUUGUAAGAAAGAUGAUUUCUAAUGGGUUUUAUACAUUUAUAAGGACUAUAGGGCUAUAUUUUCAAAGCGUUUACUGCAGUCUUUAGUUAACUUCUAUUUUUUGAAUGUACGACAGUAAUGUACAAAACUGAGAAACAAUUGAAGAAUGCUUGAGACCAUCAACUACAUUCCUUAUUUGUUUGCUAGUAGUUUUGUAAAGUCAGUUGGUAUUUGUUCUCCUUUCAAAAAUAGGCACCACUGAUGUGAAAUGACUCAGGAAGUGAAACAGCAGCAGAUUUUGUGGAAGGGAAGGCAAGCAAACUGAGAACUUUUACUUGGUGUAGUACCAGGUGUUUUAAAAUGCAUUUGUAUUUGCUUGCGAUUGUAAGUCGCCCUGGAUAAGGGCGUCUGC